AUGGAGCAGCACCACAUGGGCUGUGUGAACCUUUGUAGUCUCACGAGCACUCUACCGGUGAUCCACUAUCAAAAGCUGACGGACUUGCAUUACCUGAGCAAAGGUGGGUUCGGAAGCGUGUUCAAGGCACUGCAUUCCGAUUGGCGGACCACCGUUUCCAUCAAGUGCCUGAAAUUGGAUUCUCCUGUUGGCGAAAGGGAGAGGAAUUGCCUGCUGAAGGAGGCGGAAGUGCUCCACAAGGCCAGAUUCAACUACAUCAUCCAGAUCUUUGGCGUGUGCAAUGAGCCUGAGUUCUUCUGCAUCGUCACAGAGUACAUGAGCAAUGGCUCUCUGGAUCAGCUGCUUCACAAGAAUAACCUUUACCCCCUGCUGGCCUGGUCGUUGAGGCUGCGUGUCCUGUACGAGAUAGCUCUGGGGGUGAACUUCCUACACAACAUGACCCCACCCCUCCUGCACCACGACCUCAAGACACAGAACAUUCUGCUGGAUGGAGAGUUUCAUAUCAAGAUAGACAUGCCAAAGUCUGCUAAGUGGCGCCAGCUGUCGAUCAGUAAAGGCUCGGGAUCCAAGCCACCUGAGAUGGGGGGCACCAUCAUCUACAUGCCCCCAGAGGAGUACGAACCCUCCAAGAGCCGCUCUGCCGUCGUCAAACACGACAUCUACAGUUACGCUAUCAUUAUGUGGGAGGUGCUGUCCAGGAGGAUACCAUUUGAAGAGGUGACCAACCCCAUGCAGGUCAUGUUCAGCGUACUGCGUGGGAUACGUCCCGACAUAGGCCUGGACUACCUGCCAGGGGACAUCCCCAGCAGGGAGACACUCAUCAACCUCAUGAUCUGCGGCUGGACCGCCAACCCUGACGAACGGCCCUGCUUUCUCAUGUGUGUGAUAGAGCUGGAGCCAAUGCUGAGGAGGUUUGAUGAAAUCGACAUCCUGGAGGCCGUGCUGGAGGUCAAGAAGUCAAAGCUGAUGAGGAGGGCGGGCUGUUACUCUGCCACACCCGUGGCGGGUGAGAAGGGGAGGGAGGAGAAGUCUUUAAACAUUCUGAAGGACAACCCCAGUCCCUGGCAAGGAAGCUCUGGCUCUGAGUCUUGCUCCUCCCAGGACACAGACAUCUUCCGACCGAGCUCCCUCACUAGCACCAAUGCCCCACCUUUUAAAGAAGUAUUCCCCACGUCGUUCAUGUCCCACAACCUGGAGCCCCUCAGAAAGCAGACCCUAGAGGACAACAACCUCAACGACUACCCCCAGAGUGCCAGGCCCCUGAAUAACCUCAAUAUUCCCCUCAAACCAGGCCUGCCUGAGACGGAGUGUGUGACGCACCUGGACAACCUCACCCUGAAGUCACAGCCAUACCAACCACAGCUAGGUUUCAUCCUGCCAUCGAACCCCCUCGGCCCCAGGCUGGGCCCCAUGGCCUGCUGGAUCACGGCACGGCGCGAGGAAAUUGUCUCCAAGAUGACGGAGGCCUGCCUGAACCAGAGCCUGGACGCCCUGCUUGCGUGCUCGCUCCUGAUGCGUGAGGACUACGAGCUGGUGGUGAACCGGGCCACGCACACUGCCAAGGUCCGCCAGCUCCUUGACACCUGCCACCGCCACAGCGAGGACUUCUGCUGCGUGGUGGUCCGCAAACUCAAGGACAACAAGCAACUGGGCCUGCAGCCAUACGCCCCAGAGCUCAGCUCCCUUGUGGCCACGCCAAACACCAGCGCACCCCCACUCUCGGUCUCCUACAACAACCCAAGGAAUUACCAGGACAGAACUAGUCCAGAGAAGACCAGAGACCAGGAAGACUAUAAACUGUAAAAGACUUAGCUCAUUGAGCUACUGUAGGUGGUGGAAAAAUACCCUACUGUCUUUUAGUCCUGGGUCAUUUUCAUUGGGUAACAAAUGGAAGAAAAACUAACUUAAAUGGGAAUGGACACCCUGAAUGUUUUCCUUUGCACAAUCUUUUUGAAACUUUUUGCUACAGUGUGCCCUAAUGAAUAUGACCCUGGGUUUUGACUGUGAACUUUGACCUUAGUGGGGGAUGGUAAAGCCCAGCUGUGUCUCACAUUGCUCAUGAUGGUACCUACUUUCCUGCCCACUCAUACAGAGCAAUACUGUAUGUUGCUACUGUUCAUCAAACUGUUGAGCAAAAAACGACCUUUUGAAAAACAAAACCAUAUCAUCUUCACAAAAAUUCCCGUUCUCUAAAAAGCAGAGGAUGGGUUGGGAUUAACAAUCAAAAUCCCUUAGUAUUUAAUCCAGGCUUUGAAUAAUUUAUAUUAUGGAUUGUAUGUCUUUUGUCUGGUAAAUCAUUUGGUUCUCUCAAAACAUUCCCUUUGUUCUGAGUGAUUGGGGUACAGGCCCUGAGUUUGAGUUCUGCUUCUAUGCAUCUUUCUGUUCUUUCCCCUCUGCAGUUUUAUCCAGAGAAAUAUAUCCAGACAGACUGUGACAUCAUACUCACCUACAGUAUGGCUCUGCUUUUACUCUUAUUUUGAGUGGACAGUUUAGACUCAUCUGUAGCUCUCCAGGUCCGAUAAGAUACUCGACUGGAGUUCUGCCGUGUUGAGGUUACUGUAGUCUCACAACUGGAUCAACCCCCAUUCCCUUUUGUUUGUCAAAAGAAUUGCACUUAUAUCAUUGUAUUUUGGGUAUUUCUUUACCACUGCCUUUCCAAGCCAUUUUUUUAUUUCUCAUAGACUGUGCACUUUCUGUUCAUAGGAGCUUUAGUUGACAUAGGAUGGGCCAAAGCUGUUGAGGCCUUAUCAUUUAUAUAAUAUGUACAUCCCCAUACCAUUUAUUUAGAAUGUAGUCAGUGGAUUAAUCCUUGACCUUUUGUCUUGACACGUUUACAUAUGGGGACAGACGAAUGACACUGAAGGAAGAAAAUAAGAUAAGGUAAUUAAUGUAGAUCAGAAUUUACCAGGCAAUUUACACGUAACUGCCAAAAUAAAGGAAACACUUUAGUAAAUGAGGGAUACAAAGUAUAUUGA